AUGGCAAGUUCAGACUGGGGAUAUGAUGGCAAAAAUGGUCCCGAGCAAUGGAGUAAACUAUAUCCCAUUGCCAAUGGAAAUAACCAGUCUCCUAUUGAUAUCAAAACCAGUGAAGCCAAGCGUGACACUUCUCUGAAGCCUAUCAGUGUUUCCUACAAUCCUGCAACUGCCAAAGAAAUUGUCAAUGUGGGACAUUCCUUCCAUGUAAAUUUUGAGGACAGUAAUAACCAAUCUGUGCUGAAAGGUGGUCCUCUCUCUGAUGGCUAUCGGCUUUCCCAGUUCCAUUUUCACUGGGGCAGCACCAACGACGGUGGCUCUGAGCACACAGUGGAUGGAGUCAAAUACUCUGGAGAGCUUCACCUCGUUCACUGGAAUUCUGCAAAGUACCCCAACAUUGCUGACGCUAUCUCAAAGGCUGAUGGUUUGGCAAUUAUUGGUGUUUUGAUGAAGCUUGGUCAGGCCAACCCAAACCUUCAGAAAGUGCUUGAUGCCUUAUCUUCAGUUAAAACUAAGGGCAAACGAGCCCCAUUUACAAACUUUGAUCCAUCCAUUCUCCUUCCUGCAUCCCUGGAUUACUGGAGCUAUGCGGGCUCUCUGACUCACCCUCCUCUGCAUGAAAGUGUGACCUGGUUCAUCUGCAAGGAGAGCAUCAGUGUCAGCCCAGAGCAGCUGGCACAGUUUCGUAGUCUUCUGUCAAGUGCAGAGGGGGAGACUCCUGUCCCAAUUCUGCACAACAACCGGCCACCCCAGCCUCUGAAGGGCAGAACAGUGAAAGCCUCCUUCUGA